GAACAAGCCCAAUCCAAUCGUCGAAGAAACGGCGUGACCAUGUACUUAUACUCUCGCCACACGUGGUGUUUUAGUACUUUUCUACCACGAUUUAACCACUGCCGCUUCCUUCAGGCACACGCAGCAUUAAGCCCUUUAUAUUUGCCUCUUGAACGCAGCAAGCCCAAACCUAAUUUUAAAUUAUUGUCAUCAAGUCGUGCAAUUAUGGGCUCACUUUCUGCCAUUGGCGAACGCUUGCAGUAUCCGCCUGUUCGUAGAGAUGAGUCUGUGGUCGAUGAUUACCAUGGAGUUAAGAUUGCUGAUCCUUAUCGAUGGCUUGAAGAUCCAGAUGCCGAAGAAGUAAAAGAUUUUGUACAAAAGCAGGUGAAGUUGACGGACUCGGUGCUUGAGAAAUGUGAAUUAAGGGGAAAGUUUCACGAGAAGAUGUCGAAGUUACUUGAUCACCCACGCUACGACGCACCGGCUAAGCGAGCGAAUAAGUAUUUUUAUUCCCAUAAUAGUGGACUUCAAGCGCAAAAUGUGCUUUAUGUUCAGGAUAGUUUAGAUGGAGAACCAAAGGUUUUGCUUGAUCCAAAUACGCUUAGUGAGGAUGGAACGAUUGCAUUGUCCCAGAUUGGGGUUAGUGAGGAUGCUAAAUAUUUGGCAUACUCGCUUAGUUCGAGUGGCAGUGAUUGGACCAGUAUCAAAGUAAUGCGAAUUGAGGAUCAAAAUGAAGAGCCUGAUACUUUGUCUUGGGUUAAGUUUUCAGGUAUUAACUGGACUCAUGAUAGCAAAGGUUUUUUCUACUCCCGCUACCCGGCUCCCAAAGAGGGAGAAGUAGAUGCUGGGACCGAGACUGAUGCUAACCUUUAUCAUGAGCUUUACUAUCAUUUCUUGGGAACUGAACAAUCAGAAGAUAUUUUAUGCUGGAGAGAUCCUGAAAACCCCAAGUAUACAUUUUCAGGCAAUGUUACGGAAGAUGGGAAGUAUCUUCUCCUGUAUAUAACUGAGAGUUGUGACCCAGUCAACAAGCUAUAUUACUGUGACUUGUCUACUCUGCCGGGAGGCCUUGAGGGUUACAAGAAAACAUCUGGCCUUCUCCCAUUUGUUAAGCUUAUUGAUGGGUUUGAUGCAGAGUAUACAGCAUUUGCAAAUGACGAAAGUGUGUUUACUUUUCUCACAAAUAAAGAUGCUCCAAAAUACAAAUUAGUUAGAGUUGAUCUCAAGGAACCAGGUACUUGGUCUGAUGUUGUCCCAGAAGCUGAGAAAGAUGUGCUUUCAUCGGCUUGUGCUGCUAAUGGAAAUCAAAUAAUUGUGAGUUACUUAAGUGAUGUGAAGUAUGUUCUGCAGAUAAGGGACUUGAAAACUGGUUCCUUCCUGCAUCCAUUACCAAUUGAUAUUGGCACAGUUUAUGACAUAUCUGCACGUCGUGAAGACAGUAUGAUUUUCAUUCAUUUUAGUGGCUUCCUCACUCCUGGCAUCAUAUAUCAAUGUAACUUAGCUGAAGAGUCUCCGAAACUGAAGGUAUUUCGUGAAAUUAAUGUUCAUGGAUUUGAUCGCUCAGACUUCCAUGUUGAUCAGGUUUUCUAUCCAAGUAAGGAUGGUACCAAGAUACCAAUGUUCAUUGUAUCCAGAAAAAAUAUUACUUUAGAUGGAUCACACCCAUGUUUGUUAUAUGGAUAUGGUGGAUUUAACAUUAGUCUCACACCCUCAUUUAGUGUCGGUCGUACUGUGCUCACAAGACAUCUUGGUGUUGUAUUCUGCCUUGCCAACAUUCGUGGUGGUGGAGAAUAUGGGGAAGAAUGGCACAAAGCUGCCCAGCUUGCAAAAAAACAGAAUUGCUUUGAUGACUUCAUUUCUGCUGCUGAGUACCUCAUAUCUGCUGGUUAUACACAGCCCAAAAAGUUGUGUAUUGAAGGGGGAAGCAAUGGGGGGCUUCUUAUUGGGGCUUGUAUAAAUCAGAGACCUGAUCUUUUUGGUUGUGCUCUGCCCCUUGUUGGUGUGAUGGACAUGCUGCGGUUUCACAAAUUUACCAUAGGUCAUGCAUGGACUUCCGAAUUUGGUUGUUCGGAAAAGGAGGAAGAGUUCCAAUGGCUAAUCAAGUAUUCGCCAUUACAUAAUGUCAGAAGACCAUGGGAACAGCACCCGGAUCAACUUUGCCAAUACCCACCUACCAUGCUGUUGACUGCCGAUCAUGAUGACCGAGUAGUGCCACUGCACACAUUGAAAUAUUUGGCGACAAUGCAAUAUGUUCUGUGCACGAGCUUGGAGAAUAGCCCUCAGACCAACCCAAUUAUUGGUCGCAUCGAGUGUAAAGCUGGACAUGGAGCAGGACGUCCAACACAGAAAAUUAUCGAUGAAGCAGCGGAUCGAUACGGCUUCAUGGCAAAGAUGUUAGGUGCUUCUUGGAUUGAGUAGCUGAUGUUGUUGCCACGCAAAACGAAGUUGUUAUUGUUUAGUAAAUAAUUAAAUGUCUAAAUUGGACGAAUCAACAACUUUUUAUUUAUUUAUUUUUCUCUAUAUUCUUAUU